AUGGAACAUCCAAGUUUUACUUUAUCUGCUCUUUGCUUGGUCGGCGGGACCAUGGGAUACGUCCGUAAAGGAUCUGUUCCAUCUCUUGUUGCUGGUGUUACCAUCUCUGCCAUGUUUGGUACUGCAGGUUACUUGCUCAAACAAAAUGCUGACUGGGGCCUUGAAUUGGCUAUCAGUGGUAGUGCCCUCAUGUUGGCUGGUGGUAUUUCUAGAGGUAUUCCAGUCAAGUUUAGAAAGCCAGUUCCACUUGUUUUGACUACACUUGGUGCUUUGUCCGGUGCUUACUACUUGAGAAAGUAUAACGAAUUUUAUGGUUAA